AUGUGCGUGCGAGAUAUUCAAAGAAAACCCAACAAGCUGCAGGAAAUGAGGUUACUGAUGCAGUGGCUGAACACCUUCUAUAAUAUCCAGCUCAUAAAUCAGGGAAAUGAUGGGGGAACUGUCUACCAGACAGUGAACAUCAAUCAUGAUGUGACUGUUGCUAUAUUCAACAUUUAUUCCGGAGCACCCUCCUCUAAUACAAUCUUCGACUACAACCAUAUAAAUGUCAAAAGAGUAUGUGUUGUUUCCAGGAUGAACAGGGCAACCUUUCCAACAUUAAACCAACUUGAGGACAUUGUCAAUAAUCAAAGGGACCUGAAUUCCCUCUACAGAAGCUAUGGGAUAUCCUGCAACUAUGUCACAAGGACAUUUGGGACAGCCAUCCAGGCAGCAUGCGGAGGACUUUCCACCUACUGGGCUACUGAGUAUGACAGAGCACAAAAUGUACUUAGUGGUACUGGCUGCAUGGGUGUUAAACUCCUCAUUCUGGAUGUGAACCUGUGUGGCAGCCUUAAGCUCUUCUAA